AUGAUUUUGUUAAAGAUAAAAAAUUCUUUUACAAAGUCUCCUAACUCGUGUCUCCUAACUCAACCGCCAUCGGCUUGUUCUUGGAGACAAUCAGAUCGAUUCCAUAGCUUACGGAGGAGAUGGCAGCUACCACCAGAAAAUGCCGGAAUCUUGCAAUCUCUAUCCAUUCCGACCUCCAUUUCCACCACCUCCACCGCCGACAAAGACUUACCACCACCCGUAGAGAGAACAAAUGCACGAAAGGAAUUUGAAGAAGCUCGAUUCGAGAAGGAUCCAGAAGUUAUUACUCGGUUGCUUAUUGGUGGACAUGAUGCUGUUCAAGCUGCUCUUGAUAAACUUGUUGAAAAGCAAAAGGCACAAAUUGCUAAGGAAAAAGCAGAUCUUGAACGCAGAUAA